AUGACACGAUUCAACGGCUGUAUUGAUUUGCAUCACGGUCAGGUGAAGCAAAUUGUUGGCGGAUCAUUAAGUGAUGCGGCUCCCGAGGGACUACGCACCAACUUUGUUUCAAGUGAAUCGCCGAGGUUUUAUGCGGAUCUUUACAAGAAGCAUAAUAUUACUCGUUGCCAUGUCAUUAAACUUGGUCCCAACAAUGACGACGCGGCAAAGGAAGCUUUGCAAGCUUGGCCAAACGGCUUGCAAGUAGGCGGCGGCAUCACCACCGCCAACGCCCAACAGUGGUUAGACUUUGGAGCUUCCAAGGUAAUCGUCACGAGUUAUCUGUUCCCCAACGCGCAGUUUUCCUUGGAAAGACUGCAAGAAAUCAGUGCCAAAGUCGGCAAAGAUCGAUUGGUGGUGGAUGUAAGCUGUCGACGACGGGAUAAUAAAUGGAUUGUGGCCAUGAACAAAUGGCAAACAAUGACCGAUAUGGAAGUGAACAAAGAAACAUUGGCCAUGCUUUCUGAAUAUUGCAGCGAAUUUCUCAUUCACGCCGCCGAUGUGGAAGGUCUUUGCAAAGGCAUUGAUGAGGAUCUCGUUCGAUGUUUGGGUGACUGGGUGACAUUGCCAACGACCUACGCGGGCGGUGGACGAGCACUGGAAGAUUUAGCACUUGUAGAAACAUUGUCCAAAGGCAAAGUCGAUCUCACGUUUGGCAGCGCACUGGACAUUUUUGGCGGAGACGGAGUCACGUUUAAGAGUUGCGUUGAAUGGAACGGACAACAUUAA